AUGGAGGCAGGGUAUUUACGGUCGAAGAGGGCUUACAAGACUAUGUUGGCGGGUGAUGAGGUGGAGGGUCGGGAUGAAGCAAUUGGGAAUAACAGCAGUAGUAGCGUCGAGGUCAAGGAGAAGAGAUGUGCGCAAGGUCAGGAUAUUGAUGAUAUUGUUAGUUUUCCGAGCGAUGAGAGUGACUCUGACUUUCAGGCGAAUGAGGAGAGUGAUGAGACAGGAUCCAUUGUCAGCUUAUCGCCAACUCUGGAGGACCGAACCACACCACCGCCUCCUUCGCAACCAUGGACCGGUCAUCAUCACACCAGUCUGCUUGGAAGUGUCGACAAUAUACCCAGCAACCAAUGGACGGUCUGGCUUAUACUCGAGCACGAUGUGACGCCUUCUUUGAUGCAGUACCGGGAGAAUUUGCUGAGUCGUGAGCCCAAUGGCCCUGUCGAGCGCCUGGCUACAACACACAUUUACCUAUUCGAUCAGGACGAUCAAAGUUCCACAUUAUUCUACGCGAUCGAUAAUAUCGAACUCUGGACUGCCUUGAGCCAUGGUACCACCACUACGCCGUCGUCGUCACGACGGAGCCCUGCCUCAGUGGACAACGUGGCUGCGGACAUAAUCGAGAUCUCCGGGACAAUGCCGCAGCUCUCACAUGCCGAUGCCCCGGACUACAUUCUGGAUAGCAAGAUGGAUCCUCAACUCAAACGACUCUUGUUGAGGUUGGUCGAAACCUCGCAUCUCUGGACGGGAUCUGUGGAUGGGGAGUUUGGGGGAUUUGAAAAGACGCUUUCGCCGUUUAUAAAGAUCUACUUGUCAGGAAUCAAAGGAACUGCAACUAUAACCGCCCGGAAGAAAAAAGAUGAUGCCAGCCUGAGAGGACGUCGGCCGGACCUUUUUCUCCAAUGCGACACCAAAAAUGGGCAGGUCUUUCCAUUAAUCAUCGAGGUCAAGCAGGCGGCUCAAACCGGGGACGGUCGUGGGGAUCUUGAGAAAUUGGCGUUCCUGUUGAGGGAUUCGUUGGAUGACCUUGAGCGGAAGGGGAUUGAUGUGAACGGCGUGAUGGUGUAUGGUAUCCUUGCAGCUGACAAGGCAUUCAAACGACUCUGGAAGCCUGCUCACGCAAAACUCUGGACGCACCUCAGAACUGGACGUGUCCAUCACUCGGGACGCCUCAAAAGAUACCGCCAGCGGUAG